GUUAUCGAUACAUGGUGUUGUUGGCAUUGGAAUCUUUUUGUUUGUAAGCAAACCAUGGUGAUUUGCGGGAAUAUCCUGGCCAGGGACAACUACGAGCACUUUGUAUUGACGUGUGCGCACCAAAAUGAUUGCCUCGUGGAGAUGGAAUUCGAGCGGUGGGCGGAGUUCAUCCUGCACAUCAAGCAGCACCUGGGGACGCAUCCCAAAACGGAGGAGGACCUGUCUGCCUGCGAAUUCCUUUCGGAAAGCGCCGAAAGCGAGUGCGGUGUUUCGCCGGCCAAGAUCUUCAUAAUGGAGGAGCCACCGGAAGAUUGCCUGGCCGAGGAAAUGUUCGUUGACCUGCCCGCUUCCGCUUCAUCUUCCUCCGAGGACGAGAGCGCCAGCGAAGAGGAGGAGGAUGACGAGGUGGACUGCCCCUCAAUGGCAGUCGACUGCCAACUGGGCACCAGCAAUUCCACAACCUUCGCUCCCCUUUCCAAAUUCAAUCCCACGUUUUACCGACGCAGUCCACGGAUCACCCAGUUCAUCGAGCUGUACAAGCGGCACACCUGUCUCUGGGAUCCGGCUGAUGAGUCCUACAAGAACAGGCAGGUGCGCACAGCUGCCUACGAGGAUUUGCUGGAGCAACUAAAGGCCACCGUUAAUCUUAACCUGACGCCCUACAAGCUGAAGAAGUGCAUCACCAGUCUGCACGCCCAGUAUGCGGCGAUUUCGCGGCAGAUGAAAACCCAGAAACUGACCAAGGUUCCACUGUAUUACCAUGGGAAAUACGGCUUUCUGGCAGAGCGCGCCGGUCUGGAAGAUGCAGACAGCGAUGAGGACGAAGGCGAUGGCAAAAUAAAGCUAGUGUUCACGGAGGAGAAUCGACUGACCACUCUGUUCAUUGACCUGUACUCCAAGUUUCCCCAUCUUUACGAUCCGGCGCACAAGUACUUCUCCAAUCUGAGUGAACGCAAGUCGUCGCUCAUAGAGAUCACAGACCUGCUGACUGCGGAGAUGUCGCUGGGUCUGAUCACGCACUACGAUGUGUACGACAGUAUUCAGAGCAUGCGGCAGUGGUAUUCGCGACGGAUUAAAACCCUCACCGACGUGCAAUCGGUGGGUCUAUCCCUGGCCGAGAAGCGCUACAUAGAGCGCUGCAAGAGCUUCAUGCCCACCAAAUCAUUCCGCCAAAAGCUCAAAUGUGCUGUUUGCGAGAACGCCUAUAGCACAGAUCACGCCCUGCAGGCCCAUCAGUUCCGGGAUCACAAAAUGGGCGAGGGAGGCUGGUUUCGGUGCACGUUGUGCGAGCUUAAUUUCGACCGAAGGUGCCACCUGCAGCAGCACAUUCAGCGGGUGCACAUGAGCAAGGCGUUUGCCUGCGACAUCUGCGCCCGGAGCUUCGCAUUCGGCAACCAGCUAGCCGUCCACAAACGCACCCACGACGAGAAGCACGUGGCCAAGCCGUUCGUCUGCGAGUUCUGUGGCAAGUCCUUCAAACAGAAGAUCCAAAUGACAACCCACGUGACGGCGGUGCACACCAAGAUCCGGGCCUUCAAGUGUGACAUGUGCCCUAAGGACUUUCUGACCAAGCGCGACCUCAAGGACCACGUGAAGGCGCACCUGAACAUCCGCGACAAGGUGUGCGAGGUCUGCCAAAAGACCUUUACCAAUGCCAACGCCCUGGUCAAGCACCGGCACAUUCACAAGGAGAAGACCCUGCAGUGCGCCCUGUGCACGACGCGUUUUUCGGAGCGGGUUAGUCUGGGCGUCCACAUGCGACGCACCCACAAGAUCAUUAAGAGCUCUUCCAAGGUGGCGGAAACGGCAGGCGAUGCCAUUUUUGCGCAAACAUUCCCCAAGCCCCAAGACAUUUCCAACAAAUAAAAGAUAUUUACAAAUAGGUAUUAUACG